GCUCCUAACUUGCAGGGCAUUCUUCCCCUUGCUAUAAAUGAAAGCCAGACGGGCAAGUUAGAUCAGACCAGCCGAGCCACAAGCACCACACACAGGAGUUUGUACUCCCGCAGAGCAGGAAGAUACAUUCCCAUGAGAAGAAUAGAGUUUCUGCCUGGCAUCAGUUCUCCCCGCUAUGGAGAACAAGGAAAUGCGUUUCCGCGACGUGGCCUACACCGUUAAUCGCUCCGUGCUCCAUGAACAAGACUUGGGAGGACCAGCACCCAACCCAACGAGUUCAGUACGUUCUUUUUUUGGCGCAGCAAAAAGGAAGCUGAGAUGUUCGGUAUCUGCAGCUAAGCACAUACUCUUUCAGUUCAUUCCUAUUCUCCACUGGUUGCCCCGUUACCCUGUCAAGGAAUGGCUUCUGGGCGAUAUUGUGUCUGGGGUGAGCGUGGGAAUUCUCCAGCUUCCACAAGGUCUGGCGUACGCUUUACUGGCUGGAGUGCCCCCAGUGUUUGGAUUGUAUUCAUCUUUUUUUCCAGUCAUGGUCUAUUCCAUCUUUGGGACAUCUAGACAUGUAUCUAUAGGAAGCUUCGCUGUUGUCUCCAUCAUGAUUGGCAGUGUGACCGAGUCCUUGGUGCCCAAUGAUAACUUCAUUUUGCCCGGAAAUGACAGCCUACAUAUUGAUACAGUUGCAAGAGAUAAAGCCAGGGUUGAAGUUGUGGCUGCCAUGACUUUACUGGUGGGUCUGUUCCAGAUCAUUCUCGGCUUGGUGCAGUUUGGGUUUGUGGUUACGUACCUAUCGGAGCCAUUGAUCCGCGGAUAUACCACUGCAGCCACAAUCCAUGUCACUGUGUCCCAACUAAAACACAUUUUUGGACUCCCCCUCAGUGAGAGGUCUCAGCCGCUGUCUCUGAUUCUUUCCCUGAUCAGUCUGUUCCGCAGGAUCCACAGGACAAAUAUUGGCACCCUGGUUAUUGGCCUUGUCUCCCUGACAUGCCUCUUUGCAGUUAAGGAAGUCAACCAAAGACUCCGAGGGAAGUUUCCGAUGCCCAUCCCUAUUGAGCUGAUUGUGUUAAUAAUCUCUACUGGGAUAUCAUACGGAAUAAACCUGCACGAAAAGUAUGGGGUUGGCAUCGUGGGUGACAUUCCUACAGGGUUUGUAUCCACUACAAGGUUGGUUACACCCAUGGUGCCCAAGGCGGAGUUCUUUGCGGCAGUUGUAGGCAACGCAUUUGCUAUCGCUGUGGUUGGCUAUACCAUCACUAUCUCCUUGGCAAAAAUGUUUGCAAUGAAGCAUGGUUACAAAGUGGACAGCAACCAGGAGCUGAUUGCCCUUGGAUUUAGUAAUCUUGUUGGGAGCUUUUUCCAUUGUUUUGCUGUCACAACAUCCAUGUCUAGGACCCUUGUGCAGGAGAGCACAGGAGGAAACACCCAGGUUGCUGGCACAGUCUCUGCUCUGAUUAUCCUGGUAAUUAUUCUAAAAGCGGGGGAGCUCUUUACAUGCCUACCCAGAGCCAUAUUAUCAGCUAUCGUUAUCGCCAAUCUGAAAGGAAUGUACAAACAGUUCAUGGAUAUACCCGUCCUAUGGCGAACCAACAAAUAUGAUCUGCUAAUAUGGCUAGUGGCCUUCCUGUCAACAAUCUGCCUGAACAUGGACAUAGGGCUGGCCGUAUCCGUUGUCUUUGGCCUGUUUACAGUCACUUUCAGGAGCCAACUACCUCAUUACUCCAUUUUGGGACAAGUUUUUGAAACAGACCUCUACAGGGAUCCUGAAGAAAGCUCCAUGGUCAAAGAAAUCUCAGGCAUAAAGAUUUUCCAUUGGAACACUGCAAUUUAUUUUGCCAACGCGGAGCUGUACAGCAAAGCUCUCAAAACUAAGAUGGGUGUCAAUGUUGACAAACUUAUUGAAAAGAAGAAGAAAGCAGUAAUGAAGAGGAAGAAAGGGCUACAAAAAGUAAUCUGUUUGGCUAAAAACAUCUUGGCAAAAACACAGAUGGGUACUGGGCUGGAGUUUCUAACAAACAAAGAUGGCAUGCUGGGAAGUCUUAGAACUCUGUCCGAGACCAUACCGAACGCUCCUACCCUGCUGUCCCUGGGCCUGGAGAAACUGGAUUUCCACUCCCUGAUCUUGGACUUCUCCGCUGUUAGUUUCAUAGACACCGUCGGAGUAAAGAAGCUAAAAAACAUUUUUGAAGAGUUCCGUGAGAUUGAAGUGGAUGUUUAUCUUGCCAGCUGCCCCACCUCAGUUUUCAGGCAGUUGGAACACAGUCAUUUCUUUAAAGGAUCCAUCGGCAAGGCCUCAGUUUUCGCUUCGGUCCAUGACGCAGUUUCCUAUCUCUCCUCUGGUACCAGCGAGUCCAGCUCUCUCCAAGAAAUUACAGAAAUCUGACCUGACAUUUCAACACCUUGCCUGCCCAUUUAUGUUUUAUGUUGAGCAGUUUUGCCCCGUGCUCCUCACUUUCACACUAAUCCAAAGACACAAACCUUCCCUGAAACUCCGUCCACUAACUCCAUCCCUAAAUUGAUUCUGCUGUUAUCUAUAACCUAAUUGGCCAUACAUUACAGGUGCAGAUUAGUCGCCAUGACUCUUUAAAAAGUCUCUGCGACUAAUCUGGCCAUCGCAAAUAAUGUGCAAUUAGUAGUGGUGACUCACAUAUUAUUACUAUGAUGGUUAAAUUGCUGCGAUUAGUCGUUGCGACUUUUAAAACCUUGGUCGCGGCGACUAAUCACAGCGAUUUAACCGCCCCGUGUGUCUUCGCCCUACAAUGUAGUUUAUCUUGCACACACUUCCCAGUAUAUAAAUAUAUAUAUAUAGUAUGUGUGUGUGUAUAGAACAUAGUACUGUGGUGUUGUUAAAUGACAGCUCUAACCAUUGCUACUAUUACCGAGCUUGCUAGGUACCCCAGCAUGAUUUGGGCAACACUUCUAUGGAACAAUUUUAUACUAUUUGAUGAACUUUAUGACUUGGCCUAAAUGAUCUUUGACCCUCUAGCUUUCCCUGGGACAAUCAGCUAAAUGAAUGAAAUUUAAUUAUAGAUUAAACACUCUGCAGCAGUGAAAUAUUGUUUCAAAUAAAAGUCUUUGUUUUGUUA